AUGGAACCCCACAAGUUGCUGUGCACUGCAUGUCUGCUGUGUUGUCUGAGUUACCUCUUCCUAGAGAUGGUGGCUUCCUCACCUUCACCUUUAUCUGCUUUUGGAAUACAAGAAAAAGAAGGAUCGAAAUCACGCUCAAGGGGCAACUACUGGGCAUGGCUGAAAGACUUCAGGGAUUACUUGUGGGAUCUCAUGAAGAGCGCUCUACCUCCAGCAGCCAUUUUUGCUUUUUUUAUCACCACAGCACUAAUGGGGACUCUCUGUUGCCUCACGGAUGCUCCGCAGAUCGCUGUGAGCCCCGGGGUCUGUAGCGCCGGCGAGUCCAGGGGCGGGGCGAGUGCGGGAGUGGGCAGGAGCGCGGGCGGAGCUCCGCCCACGCCCGCCCGGCGCGCCGCCUGCGAGGCGGUGACUGGCCCAGCAGCUCCGCUUCCCCACCGCCCCGCAGGCCCCGAGUCCUCUAAUUCCCAGCGCUGCCAGCUCCCGAGUCCCGGUGUCCCCGCUGUGUGA